AUGAGGCGGCUCAGCCUGCCGCUGCUGCUCGGUUGGGUUGGCUGGUGCGCGAAUCUGCUUGGGGGAGCAGCAGCAGCAGAAGCAGCAGCAGCAGAAGCAGCAGCAGCAACAACAACGGCUGUAGCCCCCGACGUAACAGAUGCAGCAGCAGCAGCAACAGGAGAAGCAGAAGCAGCAGCAUCAGCAGCACCUACUGCACCUGAUGACAUUGCUGCUGCUGCGGGCGACGCUCCUCUAACAUUACCUUCAGGAUGGUCCCCAGAUCAGCAGCAACAGCAGCAGCAACAGCAGCAGCAGCAGCAAAUAGCUGCUGGUGAUUCAUCUGCGGCUCCUGGGCAUCCAGGAGGCGGAAAAAAUCCGCAACAGCAGCAGCAGCAGCAGCAGCAGCAGCAGCAGCAUAAUCAGCAGCAGCAGCAGCAAGGUAGUCUAUCAGCUGCCUCUCCUUCUAGCACAUUACUGACAGAAUCUGUAGCAGGACCUUCACCAGCAGCAGCAGCAGCAGCAGGAGGAGGAGGCAACCGAACAGACUUAUUAGCGCAGCGACGGAUGUCAAAGGGCAUGACAUUAGCUAAUGAAGGCAUUCAUACUAUGGAUGUAGAUGCGCUACCUACAUACAAAGGCGCAGAAGAAUUGUUUGGUUUAGGGGUUCCUUCCUUCCUAAGUACUAUAGAUAUUACAUCAGCAGCAGCAACGCCGUGCAGCAAUAUCAGAGGGAGUAACAGCUGCAGCAGAAGCAGCAGCAAACGCCGAAGCAGCAAGACCAGCAGCAGCAGCAGCAACAGUAGCAGCAACAGCAGCAACAGGAGCAGCAAGACCAGCAGAAGCAGUAGCUGCAGCAGCAGUAGCAGCAGUAGCAGCAGCAGCAGUAGCAGCAGCAGCAGUAGCAGCAGCAGCAGUAGCAGCAGUAGCAGUAGCAGCAGUAGCAGCAGCAGCAGCAGCAGCAGCAGUAGCAGCAGUAGCAGCAGCAGCAGUAGCAGCUGCAGCAGCAGCAGCAAAAGGCGGAUCUACAAGCAAGCAGGCAUGAGGGGGCCCCCACGCCCUCAGGCUGUGGGGCGAUGGCAGGGCGAUGGCUUCUUGCUGCUGCAGCAGCAGCAGCAGCAACAGCUUCUGCAGCAGCAGCUGCUGCAGCAGAAGACCAGGCCUAGACCCCACCAUCAGCUGCCGCUUCUGCUGCAGCAGCAGCAGCUGCAGCAGAAGCUGCAGCAGCAACAGCAGCAGCAGCAGCAACGCAGCAUUCUAAUACCCCGAUGUUGCUGCCGACAUCUACAACCUGUUAGUGUUUGGAGAAGACAUCUGAGCUGCAGCACCGCUGCUAGGCUGCUGCCUACAGCAGCAGCAGCAGCAACAGCAGCAGCAGCAACAGCAGCAACAGCAGCAGCAGCAGCAGAGGCAGCAGCAUCAGCUCCUGCUGUUGGGGCUCAGCAGAGGAGGAGCAGCACAGCAGCCAGCUGUUCUGUGUCUCAUAAUUUAUCAACCCCUGCAGCUGCAGCAACUGCAGCAGCAGCUACUGCAGCAGCAAGAACUACAACAGCAGCAACAAGCGGGCGUGCAGCAGCAGCAGCCGGAGCACUACCAGCUAUAGAUCUUGCUAAUGCUGCAGAGGAGGCAGCAGCAGCAGCAGUUGCUGCUGCUGCUGUCGCUGGCACCCGCGUUGCUGCUGCGAUUAUAAAAACCGCUGAUUCUGCUUCUAGGUCUACAAGGGAGGCAGCAGCAGCAGCAGCAGCAACAGCAGCAACAGCAGCAACACCAACAACAGCAGCAGAUGCAGCAGCAGCAGCAGCAACAGCAGCAACAGCAGCAACAGCAGCAACACCAACAACAGCAGCAGAUGCAGCAGCAGCAGCAGCAGCAACACCAGCAGCAGCAGCAGCACUGCCGCGUCUCUGUGGGCUCCGGAGGUCUUGCGUUGGCCGCUACUUAAUAAAGGCAUACAGAUGCUGCUUGCAGCAGCAGCAACAGCAGCAGCAGCAGCAGCAGCAAGGGCAGGAGGAACAGCAGCAGCAGCAAGAGCAGCAGCUGCAGCAGCAACAUCUUGCUGUUCGCCGCAUGCUGCUGCUGCUGUGCUGUCAAAGGCCUGCAAUCUUUUCAAGGAUUAUCUUAUCUGCCCCACAGCAGCAGCAACUUCUUAUUCUAGAG